AUGGACGUGAAGGACAGGACGUCAGAGUUCCAGCGAAGCGUGAUGACGUACCGGCGGCUGAACAAGAAGAGCGGUGGUCCAGCAGCCAGUGCUGCUGCAGCCGCAGCGGACGGCCACCCCGUCUCUGAGUUCCAGAGAAGUGCGUCUUUGGUCGCGGGGGAGAGUAUCGCAGACGGCACAGUUGCUCGGGAAGCUUGCGUUGCUGGCGAAACGGAGCCCAUCGUUACAACGACAACCCGGUCGGAGAUCGCUGAGCUUUCGUUCCUGAUCAAGCGGAAGAUAUACUCUAUUGAGCAACAGCUUGUGGCGUUGUCUCAGGCGUCGCGUGUUGGUGCUGGUACGGGGCAACAGGGCGGUACCGCCGGUGGGAAACUGCACUCGAGUAACGUCGUUAAUUUACUCAACAAGAAGAUGCAGAACGUUUCGGGGGACUUCAAGAGUGUGCUGGAGGCUAGACAGCGGCUCGAGUUGAGCAACAGGGACCGAUGGGGCCGGAUCAACGAUGCGGCCACGGAGGGUGACCGAAGUAGCAGUAACGAUGGUGCCGGGGUCUCCGGGGCCGUCGGUUACAACAGUUCUAACCCGUUCAUGUCCUCGCUGAUAGAUGAGGCCGGGCCCAACGCUACGAUCACGAACGAUACUGUGGAGUCUCAGAGCCCCUCGACGCGGCUCUCUUUACCUAACAGUGAGCAGCAACUGAUGUUGAUAGAGGAGGGGCUUAGUGCGAACGAGAAUUUGUACUUACAAGAGAGGAACCGUGCCGUGGAGACUAUUGAGAGCACGAUUCAAGAGGUUGGGAAUCUGUUCCAGCAACUUGGGUCGAUGGUGCAAGAGCAGGGGGAAGUGAUACAGCGGAUCGAUGCGAACGUUGGGGACAUCGAUUUGAACAUUGGGGGCGCACAGCGAGAAUUACUCAAGUAUUUUGACCGUGUGAAGAGCAACCGGUGGCUUGCUGCCAAGAUCUUCUUCAUCAUAUUCGUGUUCUUUUUGUUCUGGGUGCUGCUGAACUAA